GGAGGAGGAGCCCCUCGCCCUCGCCCGCGCGCCCCCGCCGCCGCGCUCCUUCGCGAGAAGAGGGAAGAAGAGGGCCAUGCUGGCGGGAUGCUGCGAGGAGCAGAUCUGCUGCUGCUGUGGGCCGGCUCCCUGCGGCCUAUGCUGCCCCUCCUGCCCCAGCAUCAAGGCCUCCACUGGCACCCGCCUCCUCUACAUGCUCUUCCACAUCUCUGCCUGCGGAUGCUGCUGCAUCAUGCUCUCCCGCACUGUGGCCAAGGCCAUUGAGGAGAAUGUGCCUUUUUACGCAGUGCUGUGCGAACACCUCCCGGGAAGCUCUGACUGCGACAUCCUGGUGGGCUACUCGGCCGUCUACCGGGUCUGCUUCGGCACCGCCUGCUUCUACUUGGCCCAGGCCCUCUUCCUCCUCAACGUCAAGUCCAGCAACGAGUUCCGGGCCCUUCUGCACAACGGGUUCUGGUUCCAGAAAUUCCUCAUCCUGGUCGGACUGUGCGCAGCAGCCUUUUUCAUCCCGGAUCAGCGCUUCAUCCAAACCUGGCACUUGGUUGGCGUCUGCGGAGGGUUUGCCUUCAUCCUGGUGCAGCUGGUGCUGAUCACGGCCUUUGCCCACACCUGGAACAAGAACUGGCUGACGGGGGCCGCCCAGGACAAGCGCUGGUACCUGGCCGUGUCUGUGGCCACACUGGGCUUCUAUGCCAUCGCCUCUGCCGCCUCUGCCCUCCUCUACAAGUUCUACACACAUCCAGGGGGUUGCAACCUCAACAAGGGCCUCCUGGCUGUCAAUGCAGGACUCUGCCUCCUUAUGUCCUUCACUUCCAUCACGCCCUGUGUCCGCUACAGGCAGCCACGCUCCAGCCCAUUGCAGGCCUCCAUCAUCUGCUGUUAUGUCAUGUACCUGACCUUCUCGGCGCUCUCCAGCCGGCCACCAGAGAAAGUGCAAUACAGGGGCCAAAACCUCACCAUCUGCUUCCCCGGUGUCAGCAAAGAUGGCAUGCAGACCGAAGACACUACGGUGGCUGUCCUGGGGGCAGUCUUCAUGUACGCCUGUGUCCUCUUCGCCUGCAAUGAAGCCUCACAGCUCGCUGGCAUGUUUGGGCCACUGUGGAUGGUCAAGAUCUACAGCUUCGAGUUUAAGAAUCCCUCCUGCUGCUUCUGCUGCCCAGAGAAGAUGGAGGAGGAGCUGGCAGGCCAGGAGCCCUCCCUGGCGGGGCAGAGGGUCGUCCACAACGAACACGACCGGGUAGUCUACAGCUACUCCACUUUCCACUUCAUCUUCUUUCUGGCCUCCCUCUAUGUCAUGAUGACCCUCACGUGCUGGUUCAGUUAUGAGAACGCUGAGCUGGAGACCACCUUCACGCACGGGAGCUGGUCCACCUUCUGGGUCAAAGUGGCGUCCGGCUGGGCCUGCGUCCUGCUCUACUUCUGGAUCCUCCUGGGACCGCUCUGCCUCCCGGACUCACGACCACAGAAAGGCAGCCGGCCCUUUCUGCGCAUCAUUCGGCGCAGGCGACGUGCACUCCACCGCGUCGGUGUUGCCACGUAGCGCUGGCCCAAGGUUCUGCUGCCUUUGCCUGCAGAGAUUACCCUGCGACAGAAGAGUGGGACCAACCCUGAGGCUCCCAGACAAGAGGCUGAUGUAGCCUGGGACUCACCACGCAUGCCGCCCUGGACAGUACGCCUGCCGGCGAGCUUCCAUCCAGCAUACAACAUGCCAGUUAAAAGUGAUAUCAAAGUCUAAUUUUUAGUAUGGAUCCAUCUCAAGUCUAAACAAUCUCUGGCCGCUGAACCUUAAUGCUGCCCAGCAGAGCUCUUUUGCAUAGUUUGCCAGGUUCUUGAGAAUCCUCAGAAUGCAGCUUCUUGUCUUUGAUGGGCCCCCAUGCAUAAUCUAAACACAUAAUCCGAAUGGGUUGCAGGGGGCUUCUGCAGAGGUUGUGGAGACAGAUGCUCAGCAUCACCGAAGCAGGAAGAAGAACGAAUGGGGGCUGUAGAAUCCCUCCUGCUGCUGUGGAAGGAGGGCAGCGCUGAAAUCACAGCUCCCUGGCUGACCCUUGGGACUCUUCCUGCUUUAUGACCUGUACACUACGUUCCAGCUCCUGGAGGAACCUCUAGUGCACCUGAAGGGCCACAGGAAGAGAGGGCUUGGCACUGAUUUCAAGGGCGAGGAGGUGGCGCUGCGCCACUUGGCAUGUGGAAGAGGACUGAUGGACAAGAGACAUUGUGGGGGGCGGCAAAGGGGGCUGUCGUCCCUCAGCCACGGUGCUCCUUCUGCAAUAAAAGCUCACUCAACUCCAUGGCUCCCCAGAUGUUUGUCUAUAGGUCCCUCCAAGUGUCCUUCCUUCUAUGGGAGGGCUGGGCAGGAGAGGAGGCAACAGGACUGGGGUGGACUGGAUGGCUCCCGGAGCCUGAGAGAUAUGGUGAUGUCAAAAGAUUCCUUCUAUAAGGUGAAGGUAAAAUUUCCCCUGACAUUGUCUAAUCAUGUCUGAGUAUGGGGUGGUGGUGCUCAUCUCCAUUUCUAAGAGCUGGUGUCGUCCGUAGACACCUCCAAGGUCAUGUAUUUUGAUUGUGCUUUUCCUACAUGGUAGAAGGGGGUUGGACUAGAUGGUCUUUGGGGGUCUCUUCCAACUCUGUGAUUAUAUGUCAAGGUUUUCCCUUGACAUUAAGUCUAGUUAUGUCCAACUGGUGGAUGGUACUGAUCUCCAUUUCUAAGUGUUAUGCUUAUCUCCAUUUCUAAGCUGAAGAGCCGGUGUUGGCCAUAGACACCUUCUAGGUCAUGUGGCCAGCAUGACUGCAUGGAGCGCCAUUAUCUUCCCACAGAAGCAGUACCUAUUGAUCUACUCACAUUUGCAUGUUUUUGAACUGCUAGGUUGGCAGAAGGUUGGGCUAACAGCGGGAUUCAAACCGCUGAUGUUUUGGUCAGCAGGUUCAGCAGCUUGGCGGUUCAACCCACUGUGCCACCAAUUUCUUCUAUAGGGAAAAAUAAAACUUGGGCAAAAUAUAUGUUUUCACUAUGGAUCUUCAAUGGCUUAUUCUAUUAUCUCACUGAACUGAUGAAAGGCUAAAGAGGAAGAGGAGCCAGAGAGAGGAUAAUACAAAAGGAGGGAAGAGAAAGAGAAGUCAUGUGGUCCCUGCCUGUCUAGAAGUAAUGGAAAUCACUCAUUGAUUAAUGCCAAAUAAUACUAAGUGAAGGGGAAAAUGAGAGAGGGAGACUGAUCUGGCCAUUCUGUCAUAGUAUCCGGUCAUGUGGAUACUACCACCAUAUAUCCACAGGACUGAAAUCCAGAAUUUCAUUUAUCUGCCUUCUAGUCAUUUUCUGGUGUGCAUCUGCCACAAGGUGACUAAUGAGACUCACUAGGGGACCUAAUGAUGGCUGCACAUGUGGGAUGCUGCUCAUCCCUGGGAAGUAACGAGAGAGGGGGCCAGGGGACGGUUCCAUCUUGUCUCCAGCAUAUGUCAUCCGCUGGGGUCUCCUCUCCCCUGCACUAACUGCUGUUCUGGGCCAGAGUGAAGAAAGGGGCAGGGGACAGUUUCACCUUGUCUCCUGUGCCAUGCUAAUAAUGGAAUAUAAUAUAUUG